AUGUCAAGACGAACGCCAUACAUGACAACAGAUGAAACAGACCUCGGGAUCCCUUCUCGGGACCUCUUCCUCGAACUUCUACGGAAGUACAAGGGCAUAGUUGAGAACAAGAAGACUGAUAGUGUGUCGGCGAAGUCGAAACAGCAAGCGUGGGAGAAGAUGGCUGCGGAGUACAAUGUCAGGUGUCGUGCAUUGGAAUGCAAGCCAUCGCCCUUAAUGGACGAGACCAACCCCGACUGGACUCCGAGUCAACACCUGGGGCAUGGUGGUGGUGAAGGCUGUUCGGCCAGCGCAACGCGCUACUACCGUUCAAAAAAAGGAGCAGCGAGGAAAGCCGUUGCCGCGAAAUCAACUUCUACUUGCAGUCAUAACGACGCCGGUGAUGAGGAUGAGGUCCUAAACUUCUCACUGACCACAGAGCAGGGGAGCAGCUCACUGCCCCCAACUUUUACCAAUGACUCAGAGAACAAUAGAGACGCUGCGGUGCAGACAGAUCUGACGAUUCAAGAUGUGCAAGCGCUUGAGCAAGACAACAUGAGACUCACAUCAGAGUUGCAUGCAACAAGAAAGCAGCAAGUGAUACUGAUGGAAGAAUCCCUACGUGAAGACCCAGGAAAGGUUUUCUCUUACACGGGACUGGCCAACUUUGCAAUUCUCUUUGCCACGUUCAAGCUGGUUGAAGCAGCUGUGAAGCAUUCUCCACAGAAUGGCCUGGAGAAGUUCACAGAGUUUGUAGUUUUUAUAAUGAAGCUGAAAUGGAACUUCCCUCUGCAAGAUCUUGCUUACAGGUUUAACAUUUCAUGCUCAACUGUUAGCAGGAUCUUCGACAAGUGGCUGCAUGCAGCAUUUUGGCGCUUAAAAACACAAAUUGUAUGGCCAUCAAGACACUACAUCCAGAAGACAAUGCCGCAAGCCUUCCUGGACUCAUUUGGGGAUAAAGUGGAAGUGGCGGUCAUAAUUGACUGCUUUGAGAUAAAGAUUGAACGUCCGUCUUCCCUGCUCCCAAGAUGUGAGACUUGGUCCCAAUACAAGAGUAGCAACACAGGCAAAUACCUCAUUGGCAUCUCCCCUCAGGGUCUUAUAGUGUUUAUAUCAGAAGGUUGGGGAGGGCGUACAAGUGACAAGCAUAUGACAGAACGUUGUGGCAUGUUGGACAACCUAAGGGAGGGUGAUGUUGUGCUAGCAGAUAGGGGUUUUGACAUUGCGGACACGUUAGGGCUAUACCGUGCUAGCUUGCACAUUCCUGCUUCACCAAAGGGAAGAAACAGCUCUCAGCAUUAG